AUGAGCUUAGAGAAUGAGGACACUCGAGCUCGCACGCGAUCCAAGGCCCUGCGAGCACUCCCAGAGCCUGCAGGUGCUGACCUUAGCUGCCCCACCCCAGGAUGCACGGGCUCAGGACACAUCCGCGGCAAGUACUCCAGGCACCGAAGUUUGCAGAGCUGCCCUCUGGCCAAGAAGAGGAAGCUGGAGGGCGCCAAGGCCCAGCACCUGGUGUCCAAGCGGAAGUCACACCCCCUGAGGCUGGCUCUGGAUGAGGGCUAUGGUGUAGACAGUGACGGCAGCGAGGAUGCCGAGGUGAAGGACGCCUCUGUUUCCGAUGCGUCGGAAGGAACUCUGGAGGAAGACGAAGCUGAGAUGUCAGGACAGGAGGAGAUUCAUCGCCCAGGGCCAGCUGAAGGAAGCAGCCCCAUCCAGCCUCCUUGUGGUUCCGACCCCAUGGGCAGCCCCACAGGCUCCUCCACAGGCAGCUGCAGCAGCUGUCAGGAGAUCAUCGCAGCUUCUCUCCUGAACCUGGGCCAAGUUGCAGAAGAGGCACUGGCCGGGGAGGGCCUGGGCCAAGACGCCAUGCCGGGCCCCGGUGUCCAGCCCCUGGUUCAGGAGGAAGUGGAAGAAGGGGCCACCAGCGACGAAGGGGAGGAGGGUGUCUUCAUCCAGCCGGGGGGCGCGGAGGGAGUCAUCGGGGUCGCCCGUGCGUGCUCCCGGGAGCUGUGUCCCCAGUCCCUGGAGGGUGUGACCAGCGAGGAGUCCAGCCAGCCCAGUGUGUCCCUGGGUCCCGAGGAGGGGGAGGAGGACACUCCCGAUGUGACCUGCCAGGGGGGCGCCCCCCAGGCCCUCCCCCAGAAGGCCCCCGAGCCCCGCAGCCCUGAGCCGGAGGGCUCCAUCACAGUUGAGCUGCACUCUGAAGACAGCAGGGACGAGGUCCCGGACGAGUCUGAGAUGUACGACGUGAUGACCCGGGGGAACCUGGGCCUCCUGGAGCAGGCCAUCGCCCUGAAGGCCGAGCAGGUGCAUGCCCUGUGCCAGCCUGCGGAGCAGGGCCCAGGCGAGCCGCUGAAGGCGGCCAGGCCCCUGGAUGCCACGCGGAAGACCUACUGCAGCAAAGAUUCCUCAAGAGCAGAGAAACGGGAGAUCAAGUGUCCAACACCGGGCUGUGACGGAACUGGCCACGUGACGGGGCUGUACCCUCACCACCGCAGCCUGUCUGGGUGCCCCCACAAGGACAGGAUCCCUCCGGAGAUCUUGGCCAUGCACGAGAAUGUACUCAAGUGCCCCACCCCCGGCUGCACGGGCCAGGGCCACGUGAACAGCAACCGGAACACACACAGAAGCUUGUCCGGGUGUCCCAUUGCUGCUGCAGAAAAAUUAGCCAAAUCUCACGAGAAGCAACAGCCACAGACAGGAGAUCCUUCCAAGACUGGCUCUAGUUCCGAUCGGAUCCUCAGACCCAUGUGCUUUGUGAAGCAGCUCGAGGUCCCUCCAUACGGAAGCUACCGGCCCAGUGUGGCCCCUGCCACACCCAGGGCCAACCUGGCCAAGGAACUGGAGAAGUUCUCCAAGGUCACCUUCGACUACGCAAGUUUUGAUGCUCAGGUUUUUGGCAAACGCAUGCUUGCCCCAAAGAUUCAGACCAGCGAAACCUCACCUAAAGCCUUUAAAUGCUUCGACUACGCGCACGACGCCGAGGCUGCGCACAUGGCCGCCACCGCCAUCCUGAACCUCUCCACGCGCUGCUGGGAAAUGCCCGAGAACCUCAGCACGAAGCCACAGGACGUGCCCAGCAAGGCAGUGGAUGCCGAGGUCGAGGUGGAUGAAAACGGGACCCUGGACCUGAGUAUGCCCAAACAUCGCCGGCCGGAAGGCGCUUUCCCUAGCCGCAGCCCUGGAGUGAAGUCUCCAGAUGCCUCCCAGCGCCAGAGCAGCACCAGCACCCCUGGCAGCUCCAUGACCUCGCCCCAAUCCAACCAGGCCUCCCGCCAGGAUGAGUGGGACCGGCCUCUGGACUACACCAAGCCCAGCCGCCAGCGAGAGGGGGAGCCUGAGGAGUCAGAGCCAGCAGCCCAUUCUUUUGCUUCCUCUGAAGCAGAUGACCAGGAGGUGUCGGGGGAGAGUCCCGAGGAGCGGAAGUACCCGGGGGAAGUCACCCUGACCAGCUUUAAGCUGAAGUUUCUCUCCAAGGACAUAAAGAAGGAGCUGCUCACCUGUCCCACCCCCGGCUGUGACGGCAGCGGCCACAUCACUGGGAACUAUGCCUCCCACCGCAGCCUCUCUGGUUGCCCUCUUGCUGACAAGAGCCUCAGAAACCUCAUGGCUGCCCAUUCUGCUGACCUCAAGUGCCCCACGCCUGGCUGUGACGGCUCUGGCCACAUAACGGGGAACUAUGCUUCACACCGGAGCUUAUCAGGCUGCCCUCGUGCCAAGAAAAGUGGAGCCAAGGUGGCACCGCUGAAGGACGACAAGGAAGACCCGGAGCUGAUGAAGUGCCCAGUUCCAGGCUGCGUGGGGCUUGGUCACAUCAGUGGCAAAUACGCCUCUCACAGGAGUGCGUCGGGCUGCCCGCUGGCCUCCCGCAGGCAGAAGGAGGGCUCCCUCAACGGCUCCCCCUUCUCCUGGAAGCCGCUGAAGAGUGAAGGGCCCGCCUGCCCAACUCCCGGCUGUGACGGUUCUGGCCAUGCCAAUGGGAGCUUCCUCACUCACCGGAGCUUGUCCGGCUGUCCCAGAGCGACCUUUGCUGGAAAGAAGGGAAAACUCUCAGGGGAUGAAGUUCUCGGCAUGAAGUUUAAGACCAGUGACGUGCUGGAGAGCGAUGAAGACAUCAGGCAGCUGGACCAGGAGAUUCGGGACCUGAACGAGGCCAACUCAGAGGCGGAGGCCGCCAUGGCGCAGCUGCAGUCGCAGAUCUGCUCCAUGGAGAAGAGCCUGAGGACCAUCGAGCAGGAGAACAGGCUCAUCGAGGAGCAGAACGAAGCCCUCCUCCUGGAGCUGUCGGGCCUGAGCCAGGCUCUCAUCCAAAGUCUCGCUGACAUCCGCCUUCCACACAUGGAGCCAAUAUGUGAACAGAAUUUCGACGCCUACGUGAGCACCCUCACCGACAUGUACUCCAACAAGGAGUGCUACCGGAACCCCGAGAACAAGGACCUCCUGGAGAGCAUCAAGCAGGCCGUGAGGGGCAUCCAGGUCUAG